AUGGCUCGCGCCGGGGCUGCGGGGGAGGCGCUGCCCGGAGACUGGCCCCAGGAGGCGGCGGCAGGAGACGUCUCCUGCCGCAGGGAGGACGAGGCGCGGGACGCGCUCUCCCUGGAGCAGAUCCUGAGGCUCUACAACCAGCCCAUCAACGAGGAGCAGGCGUGGGCCGUGUGCUACCAGUGCUGCGGCUCUCUGCGGGCCCAGGCCCGCCGCCGCGACACCCCCGCCGCCAGGGCGGAGGCGGCCUCCCAAGUCCGCAUCUGGAAGGACGGAGCCGUCACCCUGGAGCCACCCAGCGGGGCUUCCUCUCCGGUAGCAGGUAAAUCAGGAUAUUCACACUGCACAGAAACAGAGAUUAUUGAAUCACUGGGGAUUAUUAUCUAUAAAGCUCUGGACUAUGGCUUGAAGGAGAAUGAAGAGCGAGAACUAAGUCCUCCCUUGGAGCAGCUUAUCGAUCACAUGACCAAUACCGUGGAGGUAGAUGGGAGUAAAGAUGAAGGCUAUGAGGCUCUGGAUGAAGGCGUGGAGGAAGAUGAAGAUGAAAAAGAGGAAGUUGAGGUCAUUCAGUCCUAUAAAGAUGUCAUGAAGUUGUGUGCUGCCCAUCUACCAACCCGAUCAGAGGCACCAAACCACUAUCAGGCAGUAUGUCGGGCACUAUUUGCUGAAACAAUGGAGUUGUACACAUUCCUGGCCAAAAUUAAAAGUGCAAAAGAGAAUCUGAAGAAGAUUCAGGAAAUGGACAAAGAAAGGAGUGAUGAAUCCAGCACAGACCUUGAUGAGUUGAAAAAUGCUGAUUGGGCCCGCUUUUGGGUACAGGUGAUGCGAGAUUUGCGGGACGGUGUUAAACUUAAGAAGGUUCAAGAGCGUCAGUAUAACCCACUUCCAAUAGAAUAUCAGCUCACGCCCUAUGAAAUGCUAAUGGAUGACAUUAGAUCCAAACGGUAUACCUUAAGGAAGGUUAUGGUCAAUGGGGAUAUUCCACCUCGAUUAAAAAAGAGUGCUCAUGAAAAAAUCCUGGAUUUCAUCCGAUCCCGGCCCCCAUUAAAUCCUGCCUCUGCAAGAAAACUGAAACCAACCCCACCACGGCCACGCAGCCUCCAUGAAAGGAUACUGGAGGAAAUCAAGGCAGAAAGAAAGCUGCGCCCUGUCUCACCAGAUGAGAUCAGGCGUAGCAGGUUAGCAAUGCGGCAACUUAGCAUGUCUUACAGUUUUGACCUGUCAGAUGUAUCCACACCAGACGCCUCAGGAAAAUUAGCAGACAGCUCUGUAGUAAAUGGUGGCUUGACACCACAGGUAAAGGUGAAUGGCGUCAGCACUACCCAAGUGACAGUGCAGCGAAAGAGACUCCUUAAAGCCCCUACAUUGGCUGAACUGGAUAGCUCGGAUUCAGAGGAGGAGUCUCUGCACAAAUCAGCAAGCAGCAGUAGUGUCUCUCCUUCCCAAAUGGAAGACUCCUUUCAAGAGACCACCUCUGGUAGAAAGAUGCCUCCAAAGUUUUUGCCAAUGUCAUCCACGCCACAGCCAGAGAGGCGUCAACCACCGCAGAGACGACACUCCAUUGAAAAAGAAACACCAACUAACGUGAGACAGUUCCUACCACCUUCAAAACAGAGCUCCAGAUCACUUGAGGAAUUUUGUUACCCAGUGGAAUGUCUGGCUCUGACAGUUGAGGAAGUCAUGCACAUUCGUCAGGUGCUGGUGAAAGCGGAGCUGGAAAAGUACCAGCAGUAUAAAGAUGUCUACACUGCCCUCAAAAAAGGAAAGCUCUGUUUCUGUUGUCGAACAAGGAGGUUUUCUUUCUUCACCUGGUCCUACACCUGUCAGUUUUGUAAGAGGCCUGUAUGUUCACAGUGUUGCAAAAAGAUGCGGUUGCCAUCAAAGCCAUACUCCACCCUUCCUAUCUUCUCUCUGGGACCUUCUGCUUUGCAGAGAGGAGACAGUUUUAUGAGACCAGAAAAACCCUCCACCAGUCACCACCGGCCACUUAGGAGCAUGCCUAGGUUGUCCACAAAGUCAAAGUCUAUGGAUAAAUCAAAUGAAGAUCUACAGUUUCCCAAAGAGUUAAUGGAGGACUGGAGCACUAUGGAGGUGUGUGUGGACUGCAAAAAGUUUAUUUCAGAAAUCAUCAGCUCAAGCCAGCGCAGCCUCUCUCUGGCCAACAAACGAGCUAGGUUAAAAAGGAAAACACAGUCGUUCUACGUGGCAUCACCAGGCACCUCUGAAUACUGCCCUUCUGAGAGAACUAUCAAUGAGAUCUGAGUCUUGUGCCUUUUUCUUUGCUUUUGUCUUCAUGAGGUCAGCAUCCGUGAGAAAGAUCACUGAAACUGUCCUUCCCUUCGUUUUAUUUUAUGAGCUUGAAUUUGCAUUAGAUCACAGGGUUUGCUACUCUAUGGUUUCCACAGACUCUACAUUCAUCUCUCUAGAUAAUGAUAUGUAACAGGUCAGCCAAUAACUCAUUUGCACUGAAAGGAAACAAUAGUUUGAAAAUGUUGCCUUUGUGUGUGCGCGCGCGUUGUGCAGGUAGAAAGCUUUACCUUGCAUUCAGUUUUUUAUCAUUCCUUGAAUUGUUUUCAGGUCAAGAGCUGAACUGUAUUCCUAAAGGAGAACCAAAUCUAUCACAGGUGUCAAUGUUAGCACAAUUGUAAGCAGUAAGUCAUAUUGGCAUUACCAACCUGAUAGUGUUCAUGUUCUAGUUUAUAUGGCACAUGGAGCCAUGGUGUACACCAGAAACCUAGUGUGGACUGUUGGUCUCAUUGUCUCAGAGCACAAAACCUAAAAGGUUUCGCUCGUGCUAUCAACAUUCUUUCUUUCAACUGUUGUUACUGCCAGAGGCGGCUCUGUUUUUUGCUGCCUCAAGCAUGGCAAUCAGGCGGUCUUCGGCAGCGUUUCUGCGGGAGGUCCGCCCCGGUCACACGGAUUCAGCGGCAGUUCUGCAGGAGGUCCACCGGUCCUGCACCUUCAGCGUACCCGCCACCGAAACUGCAGAACCGGC